CAGACGUUGUUACGGAAGGAGGACGUUGUUUGUUUCUGCACAGACGCCGUAGUGGCUUGGUCUCAGAAACGAUGUCCUCUCUUGAACAGCAGAAUAACAACAACGAGGAACCUGGACUUAACGGUUCCUGGGUUGAGCUACAAAUGAAUGGCAAUGGCAAUGAUAAUGGCUCUGGAAAAAAUGGAGGCCUGGAGCACGUGCCUUCCUCGUCUUCCAUCCACAAUGGUGACAUGGAAAAAAUACUCUUGGAUGCCCAGCAUGAAUCUGGACAGAGCAGCUCACAAAACAGUUCUCACUGUGACAGCCCUCGUCCUCAUACUCCUGAAGGGAUAAUAACCUUUGAUGUAGAGAUGCACAGCAUCAAGGACAAAGAUACUAGCUCACAGUCUGAAGAGGAUAUUUUGGAACGAGACAGGGACUUUGAAAGCUUGAAGAAGAGUGCUGAGUGGGUUUCAGAUUGGUCAAGUAGACCUGAAAACAUUCCACCAAAAGAAUUUCAGUUUAAACAUCCAAAGCGCUCUGUUACUCUCAGCAUGAGGAAGACUGGAGCUAUGAAGAAAGGUGGAUUUUUUUCUGCAGAAUUUCUGAAAAUUUUUAUUCCAUCUCUGCUUAUUUCUCACAUCUUGACUCUAGGACUGGGCAUCUACAUUGGAAAAAGACUGACUACUCCUUCAACCAGCACUUACUGAGGCAUCAAGAUGUGGGACUAUAAGUGACCUGUGAAGUUGUUUUUAUGUCUCAUUUGUACAUUGGAACAGAAGACCUUCUAAAGCAUGAGCUUGGUUGUCUCCCUUUCUGUAUGUAUAUGUGUGGUAUACAGCUGAAAAGCACAUCCAUAGCACACAUAUGCAUAUAUCUGUAUGUGUUUUAAUUUCAAGUAACUGUUUUGGGCAACUUUGAAUUCAGCAUUGAUUUGGAUCUCUGUUAAGAUUUCUUAACCCCCGUUAGUAAACUAUAUGGCAGAGGCAUUGUUUAACUAGCAGGGUUUGCUUCAAAACUUAUAAAUAUUGCUCACUGUGACCAACUGUGUUAUUGCAUUUUUCAUCAUGCCCAUAGCUUAAAAACUCGUAUGUAAUCAAAUUGCAGGUGUUACAAUGUAAUUCCAUUAAGAAGUAUUUUUUAAUUAAACAUUACAGGCCAGGCACAGUUUCAGAAAAACAAUGUUUUGAUAAAAUGUCUAAUCAGUAAGACUUAAUACCUCAUUUUGGCACAUGCUGAUGAAUGUGAGUCAUCCUAAAUGAGCUUAUCUUAAUGUGGCACAAAACUGUUCCUUUUGAAUUUGUAUUUUGUUGGUAUGGUGAAAAACUCUGAAUGGCAUUUGCAGAACUAGAUACCUGUAAAGUUUGUGUAAUUGUAAAAGAGGCAGAAUUCACUGGCUCACCUAUUACACUUAACAAAAGUAUGGUCCAUUUAAUGCUAAAUUAGAUCCGUUGUCUUCAAUUUUUAAGUGAUGGACUAUGACUGGUACAGGGUAUUCAUUUAAACAUUUAGACCACUGCUUCUGGAAGCUGCUGACUUUUUUAAUGCUGUGUUGGCAUUCUUUUAGGCAAACCACAUUUUCUUUACAGCGUAGUACUAUUUUAUGUAAAAAAAAAAACCUUUAAUCAAAAUAGCAGGAGCUAACAUUAACCUUGGGUGGUUUAUAUUUAAGUAAAUUCUGCUUUUGAUGAGAUAUAUAUAUAUAUAUAUAUAUAUAUUUUUUUUUUUUUUAAAGAAAAAAUUUCUGCAUAUGAAAUCAUCUAAUGAACUUUUCUGAAUAUGCUUGAGUAGAGAUACAGUUUAAGAAUUCAGUCACCUGGAAUUUUUUUUUUUUUUUUUGACACUCGCCUGCAGUUCUGAGCAUUCUUUUAGUCAAAUCCACAGGGCUCCUACAAGCUGAGGAAGUAAGAUAGCUUUACAACAAUGUUGGUAGCAGAAUCAUUCUUCUGAAGACUUUGUGACCCUUAACCUUGUAUUUCAGUAAUGUACAGAUCCUCAAGGGUUAUGGAUACUCAGUUUAAAUCUUAUAAUGUUUAUUAAAUCUGCAUGAAUAAAUGUCAGAACUCUUUUGGAGUUUAUGAGGCUUGAUCAUUGGGAAAGCGAUGAAGCCUUUUUUUUUUGAGGGUAUUUUUUUCACAAUUAAUCAAACGCUUGUGAAAUGCGCUGUCACCUUCCCUGCAGUAUCACUAUGUUGUGCUCCACAAAGUCACCACAGUGCUGUUUGUUUUGGCUUUCUAAUUGCUGCCUCAGAAAGUAAUUCAUAGCCCAGUAGACGUUUGUAUGUGGUGUUUAUGUUAAUCAGUCAAGCAGGUAGACCAUCACUUUUAAAAUUACAUGACGAACAUGUAUUUCUUUCACUAAAGAAUAUGGCUAAAAAAGCUGUGUUGGGUGGCUCCAAAAUUGUAUCUUGUGGAUUUUUUAUGUUUGCUGUUUUGCACAAACUACCAUUAGUUAAAAGUAGUAGUUUAUUUUCUUUAGUCUAUAACUUUUCACACUUGCAAAAUGUCAGUUUGUUUUCUAUCAGGAGUGAUAACAGCUAUUAAGGAACAUUUACACGGAUAGUCUAUCAAAUGAAAAUUGAGGUGGUCUGUAUCUAGAGAAAGCUGUAAGAUAUGAAUCAGUUAUUAAAUUUGUCAGUUUUUAUUUUUACAUAACAGAAACACAGUGCUCAGUUGACAUUCUGCUCAUUCUUUUCAUAUUUGUCAUUAUUUGGAAAUGUUUCUUAUUGUGCUGUUUUUUUUUCCUUCAUCCAGUUUCUAAACUGCUUGUCCUAAUAAUAAUGGAGUUUAAAGUCUUGCUGACUCAGUGAGAUUACUUUCACUGGAUUGUGUCCAGACAGCCAUCUCAGGCAAAUACAGAAUCAUAUAAAAUAUUUACACGUAAAUAUAGAAACAUGAUCCUCUUUUAGCUGAGAGUUUGGAGUGAAAUUAAGUGUAACACUUGAGGCUAGUCAUGUGCAGUGGUAAAACAGUGUUUGCUGCCACAGAGAUGCUGCUGUUCACAUUCUUCAAAUCUCAUUACACUUAUUGUCCAAGGUUAGACGUGUCAUACAAAGAAGAUGCUGAUCUCUGUUGGUAGCAUUGUGUGUGCUGACUUCUUCAGUAUUUGCAAGGACCAUGGUGGGAUUGAUAGAGUAGGCUUUUGGCGAGUAAACUCUAAAAGGCUUGAUGUGGGUUAUAAGUUUUGAAAAAUGGCAAAAAAAUGUUUUUUUGUGCUGGUGCUACAUGUGGUCACCACAAAAUACUUUGAAUGCUAAUGGCUUAGUGUACUUUGAGAUAUCUAGACUGGUUUGAUCUGCUUUGCUGGGGAUAUUUGUGCCUUGACCUUUAAGGUAAGAGUGAGAAUGCAGCUGCAGCAACUUUUUUAUUUGUGGUUUGAAAUGGGGUGGGGAUAGGAUAAACAUAACACAGAAAAUAUUAUUUUUUUAAAGGUUGAAUUACUUUAAAUUAACUAUGAGCACUAUAAAUGUGUUAGCCCCAGUUUUAUUAUUCAUUUGCCAAAUAUGUUUAAUAACUACAGAAAAUUCAAGGAAGGUAAGGAAGCAUGGGCCAGUUAAGUUUACUUUGUAUUCAGUGAAGUGGCACACAUUAGUUGGUACUAAAUGAUGUUAUUUUAAUAUUGGGCCAUUUGGAUAGGAAGGUAAAGAAACCCUUAGUCAUUUGAAAAGCAAAGCUUAUAUAAGGUCAGAGUCAGAAGCAAAGAAUUUGGUCUCAAAAAGACAUUCUUGCUAACCUAUGUAAUUUUAGAAUGCAUUUAAAAAUACUGAAAAUUGUAGGGUUCUUUGCAAUUUUUAUAUUAAAACUAGCAUGACUGUUGCUGAAUUUUUCAUAAUUGACAGAAAAUGAAAUUAUACUUUGUAUACUAUGCUUGUUGUCGUCCAUGUACAAGGACAAAAUAGUCUACAAUAGUUUUAGUGAAGUCGUGUAGCUAGGAGAUGGAGCACAUUCAGCUCCCAAGCUACUGACAUUCUGUGACAAAAAAAGUUUUCAGCUGUGAAUUCAAACUUGUUUGCAAAGCUUUAUACAUGUGUACUAAUGCAUUAGAAUACAUUACAUUCAGCAGAGCUGGUUUAUAGUAUUUGUAAAUAACAUGCAUAUACUUGCACAUUUGUUAGUGCAGUUGCUGAUUAUUCAGCUACUACAUCAGUACAUACUAUCUUUUUGAAUUAAACAUUUGAAAGUUAUUUUGAAGUUGAGAACAUUUUUUGUAAGUUGAGACAUUUCUCAAAAUUGUUAAUGUAAUCAUUGAAGAUUACCAGGCUAAGGUGAUUAGGUAUUCUUCAUAUGUUUAGUAAGCACUUUGUAAUAUUGUAUGCCAUCUGUAUUGUAUGAGUAGUACCCAUAAUCAUUUUGUGCCAUUAAAGCUUGCUCCCUUUAAAAAC